AUGCCGAACCCUUACCGCCUGGCCAGUAUAACGGCCAACAAAUACUAUAACAACAAUGGUUACUUCGAUGCUAUAUGGGGUGGCUACGAUGGCGAUUAUAUUGACAGGGCGACCAGACGUGAACUGCGAGACGUAGUGUACGAGCAGGAAGAAGAAAUCGAGAAGAAGGAGGAUCGGAUUGAGGAGCUGAAGGAGUCCCGCCACAAUUUAGCCCAGAGCUUCAAGGAAUUUGGUCAGGAAAAGAAGCGCGAAAACGACGAUCACACGGCCCAAUUGAAGCAGCAACACCCGAAUGAAAAGCUCCAGUUGAACUCCCAAGUGAGCACGCUUCAGCAACUCCUUGGGGACGCACGAUCCAGGCUAGCCGCGACGGAUAUCGGCUCAAGUCCAUCCACAAGCACCGCAAAGCCCGCUUUAUCUCGCGUUGCCAUUGGUGGCGCCGCAACUUCCCGCCGCGAGCCAAACAAUGGGACAAUCACCACGCCGUUCAAACCUUUCGUCGAGAAAGAAACCUUUGGCUCCAGCAGCGGAUUCACUAAGUCGGCCUCGGAGGUUGAAGCUGAGCAGUUGCAGAUAAAGGUUGGCGAAGUGCAGUCUGAGUUGAACCGAGUAGUCAUCAGUCUUGGGGAACAAGUCGAGCAGAAAGAAAUUGAUCUCACGGAGACAAGGGCACAACUGGACACUCUCCAAGCUCAGUUCAACGGAAUGGUGACCAGAUAUAUCAAAGAGGUUGAACAGAAGGAUUCGGAUGCCGCAGCCCUCAAAGCCAAGUACAAAGACGCUCUGACUGACCUGAAGAAACUACGGGAGCGUGGCUCGGAAAUGCGCGCCAACGCGGAAGCUCAGGGACUGUCGAGAAGGCAGUACGUGCGCAGCUGGAGAAGACGAUGGAAAUACUUGAGGAGUGCCGAGCGAGAGACGGCAUGGCUUUGGGUAAUGUCAUGGAGCCAUACGCAGCGAUGCCUGCAGCAGUGGAGCAUGCAAAAAAACACCUUCGACGCCACAUGGAAGGAAAAGAUGGUGCGCUCAUGCGAUCCCGAUUCGUACUGUUCCACAGCACGCUGGCCACCUGAUUACCGUACACGUCCACUAUCGAAGCUGCGCCUCAAUAAGAAUGCAGUGGAGGCAUAUAUCACAGGAAGUCGCGGGCAAGAGGAACCACACACGCCACUUAAGCAAGCUUACAUGAACCGAGCAACCAGACGCAGGCUCUAUGACACCAGCAGAGAACUCGAGGAACGUCUCUAUGAAAAUGAUGACAAGGAUUUCGAACUCAAGGAGAAAGUUCAAGUGCUUACCGAAGCAUUCACGGACAAGUUAGAUGACAUGUGGGACAAGAUAGCCAAUCUGGAAGAAGACCUUGAAGAUGCGAAAUAUCUGGCGAAGGAGUACAAAGCUUCCUCAAAGACACUCGAAAGAGAGGUUCCUCAACUGCGCUCAAAAGCAGAGGUCAAAGCAGAGAUUGAUGAGGGACUUCUUCAUACCCUCGAAAAGAUUAAACUACGAUUUGCUGAUGAGAGUAGGAAGAACUCAGAGCCCUGGGACACAGACUACAGAGAAGCGAUAGAGGAAUGAUGGC